CUAUUUUCUUUUAAAAUGUCUGUAUUCGAUGGAGAGAUCGAAUUCCAGUCGGUCUAUAUGGUCGACUUUGCCAAGAAAAAUAAACCUAAAAGUCCUCGUCGCAAAGCGAUCGACGACAACUGCCUGAUCGUCGGCCUGAGCCGCGAUGCGCUCAAAGCUAAGGACGCCCCACGACGCUGCCCGGACGUUCUCUGCCCUAUCGACCAUGAAUUCUACAAGAAGGCUGUGGACAGGUUUGCAGAAGACCAUCCAAAGCUGACUAAAAUGUACAUGUCGGAAGACAUUGAUCCAACUCCAAUUGAGCACGAAAUUCAAGAUCUAAAACGGACUGAGUACCUCACAAAGUAUUGUUCGCGAGAGCUACCCUUCAUGUCAGUGAAUCUCGCGCGGCGUGCGCGUGCGCUACAAACGUUACGACUACCCGACGACAUAGACAUCCCGGACACGAGCCAGCGAGGCUCGUACCGCCCGCCCAAGCCGGAGAAGUACGCGGACCCGCCCAAGUCCAUGUCCAUGCGGCCGAAGUAUGACGACUCUUUGCAAAAGGAGCUUCGUCGCAUCCUGCGCGUGCGCACGGGCGACACGUCAUACGGCGCCAGCCACGGGCUGCUUGCCACAGUGGUGCUAGAGCGCCGCCCCUUCGGGCCCCCGCGUGAGGAGCCCAAGUAUGGCCGCUGGAAGAACCCCUAUAUGUACACCUAUAGGAUCUGACUGUUGUGACUGAAUAAAUAUGUUCUUGCUGAA